AUGUCCUCCCUUCUUAGUAAUCUUGAUAUCACAUUUGUAGAGAACGAUCGAUCCAGGUGGCCAACCUUCUACCAAAAAAUAUUCAAACUUCUAACAGUAACGAGGACGAUUAUUUUGAGCAAUCAUGGAGCAAGAGGACGCACAGAAAAACCUCUAAGUCGCCUUUUAAGGUAUUGCAAAAAAGAACUCAAUGUCAAACCAAGUGGACAAGUUAAAACCCGAACAAAACAGUUAGAAAAAAUACAAACUUCAAUUUCAAACUACCUACUAACUUAUCUCUUUUUGCAGGUAUAGAUACAGCGCGAUGGAGUAAAGACUUUCUAACACACCCUUUGGACAAGAAAGAAGAUCACAUGCAUCAGCGCAUAUCUCUUGCAUGUCUUCAUCCUUUUCCGAAGUGGAGGAGUCUCUCACGUACUAGUCUGUCAACAUGAAGUCCUCAUGCAAAAAUGAUCAUCAUGACAACUAUGCAUGACAACUAUGCUUGUAGGCGAGUAUCUUGAAUAAUGCAUAGCAGUAGUUGUUGCAUAGUGUAACAACAGUAGUUACAUCAUAGUGUCAUACAACAGUUCGGCGUCUCACCAACACGGUAGAGGAUGACCUCCAGAGACGCAGUAAUGACGAUCGUUGAAGC